AUGUCAGGCGACAGUGAGUGGAAGUCGGCCGAUCAGGGCGAAAAAUUGAAGUUGCUUCUCGAGGAGAGCCGGAGCGACAGCGAGAAAGCGGCGAUGCUUAUCGAAUUGCUGGAAACGGGCUUCUUCAACGCAAAUUCCCAGCUCGAAUCCGAAGAUGAUAGCGGAGAUGGAGUGGAGGAGGUCAGGCUGCCCAGCAGCGCCUCCGACCCCGAGCCUGAGAUCGACCUCGAGGGCGAUGUCGGGGUCAUAGCCGGAGCCGUGUCUAUAUCUGUUGGACCCCGUACGAAGUCUUCGAGUCUGUCUGGCCGCAGCUAUUUCGCUGCUUCCAGGAGAAAAGCAGCCGGCAAAGCACGAAACCGCAGCUCACAGUUCAGUCUCAAUGACGAUCCAACACUUCUUCAUAGCCGUCCACAACCCGUGUUCGAAUCUGGUGGGAAUGAACGAAAGAUAUGGCUCUCGAACCCACUCUCCUGGGUUAGAAAAAAGACCUUGAAUCUGUCUCGGCGCCUGGUCCACCAUCUCGAAAAGUUUGAGGAGGACCCGGAUGCGAAUGUCGACCCCCACCUGGCCUAUGGGGAGUUCUACGCAGCGGCCGUUUCCCCACGGGACGAGCCUCCCAAGUCGGCGUCACCCAGGGUUCCGUCCCAGUCUUUCGGCCGAAUGACAGCCAAUGACCAUAUCCCUUCAGCAACCGGGGUCGGAAGCAAAGAACCACCAGAGUCGUCGUCUAGAGGCCUGGAGCCGGAUCGUGAGAUGGGAGGUGGCACCCUCCCGCAGCCCCCAACGACAGCAGAAAGACCAAGCGAAUUCGAAGCCCUCUUACGAGCCAAGGUCUUCAAGCCCUUCAUCAAACUAACGGCAUUCCUACCCGAACCCCACUGGGACACCUCGGGCCAAUUCAUAGCGGAAAGAGAAAGGGAGGUGAGAGAGACGCUGAAAGAAGUCGAACUCGGAGUCGGCAUCAAUGUCUCUGGCUUCGGCGUCGAGGUCAGCUCGAAGGGGUUCCUACCGCUCGUCAAACCAUAUCAGUGGAUCAACAUGUGGCGAAACGUCCCGCGGGAGAUGUAUGUCUGUGAUGAUCCCUCCGAACCCGGGGGAGAGGGGGAAGCAGGCGGCAAGCUGGACAUGGAGAAGCUCCACGAGCUCGAGAACGAACUCAUGAGCUCGGUGAAGUACCAAUGCGGCCAAAGCGAGUACAUGACCGUCAUAACCUACAGCGACGACGUUAAAUCGGGCGCUGUCGCCUUGCUCAAGGCCGAGUUCGGCAGCGGGCGUGCCGUCACGGGGCUGCGCUUGGAGGCGCGCUUCAAGGACAUGCCCAGGGAGGUAUGCCGCAUGUUGGCCAGGGACGGAAACCCGAAUCGUAUCGAGCUGAGACGAGUUGGGAGGACGCUGAGCUGUCGAGCACGGGGGAAACAGCCCGCACCGCGCCCGGUGGCAGUCGUUUCAGGGAGGAAGAACUUGAAGGAAUGGACAAGUAUCGGCCGAGGCUGGAGGAAAGCGCUGCACAUCACUCUCCAUGACGAUUUGGACUGUGACUUGUCCCCUAGGGAAGGGCUCGUUGCGACGGUUCCGCAGAUGCUGGCGCUGCUCCACCUUAGUUGUCGUGCCGUCGACUUCGUGCCGUCAACCCCGAUCUUUAGCUUUGAACCGCCGCUUUCAGGCAAGGUUGAUGGUCUUGCUUCCAAGAUCCGAAGGGGAAUCAAGCUGCUCGGCCCGCCGAGCGGUGCGCCCCACGUGGGAAACUCGGUGACGAUUGCGGUUUUAUUCUCGCGCGAAUCCCGCUGGGUGACGGAACAGCUAUUUUGGGCUUAA